GACAAAAAGACAGGAGGUGAAGCUGGAGGUGGCAGAAUGAAAGAUGCUGAGAUUUUAAUCGGGAGUGACGAGAUUAGAAAUGAGUGCAUCAGAGAGACGUCUCAGGACUCGUCAGGUCAGGUCGACCCUUUGGCUGCUUCACACUUUGAUCUGGUGGAGACUCUGCUGCUGUGGAAGCAGACAGAAGGGAAAACCUCAGCAUGACCAACAUCAGAAUAAUGCAGCGGUUUGGUGGGAACGAGUCGGGGAGGCAGCAGCGAUGUGUGGUUCUGCACUGCUGACGAGACACAAUGGACACGUUUACGAAAGCACUGACAGGAUGAAGUCCAGAUGGCUGCUCUCCACUGUGGACAGACUUCCUACCAUCAGUGAAACGCAGGAGAGCGACACAGAAGAAGGAGACCCGGACUGCUCCUCUCACACCAUGGAGGAGUAUGUGGACUCCAUCAAAGAGCUCUCCCAGCCAGCCCCCUACCCGCUCCACGGGCCCCUCAGAGGUCACCGCCUCUGGAUGGUGCGCUCAUGCCCUGCGGCUCCACCUGUGGCACCGGCUCUGUUUUUAAAUUCCCUGAGAAGCAGCCCACCUUGGAGUCCAGUUGACCUAUCAGAUGUAUCGCUGACCUUAACAGACCAAUCAAAGUGCGACACAUCAACGCAUUUCAAACAAAACCGGCUGGAUGUGCUGGUGGGACAGUCCCUAUUUGCAGGGCUGGUGUGAGGUGAAGGUAGCGGCCGGACUGCUGACCUUCUCUGCCCGCGGCUCCUGUCGGCUCCACGAUGCAUGAUUCAUUUAUGUGUAAGAAGUAAUCGAGUCAGGCACGCUCCAGAAGCUAUAUGCAUUCCCUUUGAAGUUCUAAAUGAAUGCAACACAUGAAACAAAAGAUGAAAAGCGAAAAAUCAAGGGCAGAACAAACAAAUGAGCAGAGCCUGCCUGGUGCCCGAGGUAGAAGUGCGAUAAGUGGCUGUGCUGGGCCCACUCGUCCACCAGGGGGCCCUCCAACAGACCCAAGCUGUGAACUCUCCUGAUUUGAAUAUUUAAAGACAUACUUUCUGAUUUUUGCCACCAGAAUCUUGUGAGGACCCCAAACUAAAGAUGAUUCAAGAAAGCAAUACAAACUAGGUAGAUUCAUUGGCUCCCACACCCCAGGAGCUCGUUGAGAUGAACUACAAAUAUGAAAUCUCUUCAGACGUAGCUCUAAAUUAAAUAUCCAAGAAUUUGCCUUCAGACCCUUUAAAGGGCCCAGAAUUAUGUAAUCUUUAACUGCCUAGAAAAUUAAUACAAAGGGCUGCUUCAGCCGACGGGGGGCCUUUGAACAGCUUUGGGGUUUUAGGCUCUGGUGUAAAUAUUUAAGUACAUGCUCCCUGAUUUUUGCUUUCAGGAUUCUACUGGAGCCCUGAAGUAAGUUUGAUUUGAGAUAAAACCCCAAAUUUAGCUGAUACAGAGCCCCAUUAGCCACCAGGGACCCCACCCAAAUUAGCUGCAAGUGUGAAAUCUCCUUAUAUUGUGGUUCCAGUUUACCUUUUACAAACUCAAAGUAAGCUGCUGGUUCAACCAACGGGGGGCCUUUGAACAACUGUUGGGGUUUAGGUUGUGAUUUAAAAAUUUAAAGAUAGACCCCCUCAUAGGGUCUAGUCUGUCCCGGCUGGCACCAUAAAUAUGAACUCUGUGUAGAGUCUGGCUCAAUUUUAAAUAUCCAAAUCAUUUCUGUUUGACAUUUGAAGAAAUUUGGUAGUUCAGUCUUAAUCUAAAGAUCUUAAUAUCUAUUGGUUCUAAGUUAUAUGCUGUGGAAAAGUUAUCUUCUUGAUAUCCACCAGAUCUACGGUUAGGGUUUGGGUUAUUAGUCAACUCUUUUUAGACACACUUUUGGAAAACCAAAAACCUUUCAUCUUGUUGUUCCUUUUUAAAAAAUUGGUCGUAGGCUGGUGACCUGGGAGCUGUUUGGAUGAAAUCGUCAUGUUUUUUUAGGGAUUUUCAUUCAAAUAUGUAAACUUCUACUGCAAGACAUUUGCUUACAAAUUCUCCUUCGAUACAGACGCAGAUAUGUGUUUGUAAAUGAUAAGAUGUGUUUCUCUUUUCCAUCACCACCAGGUAAUUAAGGAAUAUGGAGGUCUCUUCCUGUUAAAAAUGAGAUCUUCCUUACCACUGUCUCCAAAUGCUUCUCGUAGGUUAUUGUCUCUCAAACAAUCUAGUCUAUAAAGCACCUUGAGAUUACUCUCAUCAGUCGUGAGCUUUAUAAAUAAAAUGAACUCAAAGCUUCUUAUUUUUUCUAACAUCACAGAUUUGUAAUAUUGGAUAAUUUUGCUCCACAAAUAAAUCAGUUUCUUAGCCACUUAUUCAGUUCAUAGUCUGCAGCCAUUCCCAGCUGCUCGAGGAUGGAAUAAAUCUGUAUUUUUUCCAUUGCAUUUUCCAGGAGUUCCAGCUCCCUAUGUCCUCCCGGCCACCUGAGCUCACUGAAAGUAAUUCUCCUUUAUUUCCGAGUUUUAAAUAUUCACUUUUCUAAUUGUAUUUUAUUUGUUUUAAUUAAGUUUAAAACUGAAUCAGGUUUGUGCUAAGGGUGAAGAAGCACUCAGUCUGUGCAGGUUCAUGCAGUGCAGCCUGCAAAGUUUUGCUGACAUUGGUUUGCUUUUUUUCCCAUUUGAAAUAAAACCAGUUGUAAGAAAAA